GGAUGUCAGCUAACCGGCUCUAGCCUGCUUAUGCUCAUUCCCGCUGUCACUUUGUUGUUGCGGCACACCUGCAGGGCAUGUAGCUAAUGCAUGUUCCCUGCAGCUGAUAACUGAGUCUUAUCUGCGCUGCUGUUUACUUGAUGGCUUGAACAUACCUUCUGCAUUCCGCCCUCUCUCUUCAAUCUAAGGUAAAUCAAAGAAACUUUUUCAUGCCCAUAAUUUUCCUCGCGACCGUCCAACAGCGAGUUGCGAAACACAGGAGGAUUGAACUUGCUUAGUCUACACUUCGUUCGAGGCUUGCUUUACGUUGGAACUUGACCAUAUGGCUGAACUCAAGAUCACCAGAGGGCACUCAUGUGGCCCAUGCCAACACCGCAAAAUAAGGUGCAACGCUCAAGCGCGACUCCUGUCACAGAAUGGUUCAGCCACUGCCAAAGGCCAGGUUGUUGUCAGUGGUGACCAGCGCCGCUAUGUAGAAGACAACAAGUUAUGGUCAAGUCUGGGGAAUGAAAUGGGCAAGAAGGACCCAAGUCCUACCCCAAGCAGCACACCAACGCCGUCCAGAAUUGAGCUACCCACGACAAAUAUCAACCUGAUAUUUGGGCACAAACUGGAUUCUCCAGUCAUGCUGCAUCCCUCGGCUAUUCAAUCAUUUAGGCUUUGGCAGGUGUUCACCACCAACGUGCAUCCUUUGACUAAGAUACUCCACGCGCCGACAGUGCAGCAAGAGCUUAUUCAGGGGCUUUCUGAGCCGGACUCUAUACAUGGUCCGACCGAAGCCCUCAUUUUCUCGAUAUAUCUUGUUGCAGUAGUGUCUUUGACCGACGAGGAAUGCCGGAGCCAGCUUGGUGAACCGCGAGAGAAGCAUUUGGCGAGGUAUUGCUACGCAACUGAGGCAGCACUGAGCAGAGUCGAUUUUCUGAGAUCAACAAACCUCAAAGUGCUGCAGGCGUUCACUUUCUACCUGCUGUCUUUGCGCCACCUUUGCCAUCACGACAUCUUGUGGCUCUUAACCGGGCUAGCAACUCGCAUGGGCCAAAGGAUGGGCCUUCAUCGAGAAAGCUCGCUAAGAGACUUGCCGCCAUUUGAAGCUGAGCUGAGACGUCGGCUUUGGUGGCAAAUCGUCAUUCUUGAUGGCCGCACAGCGCAGCUCACAGGAGCCUCUAUGAACCCCGGCAUUCAACUAUACGGAGAUACGAAGCAACCUCUAGGAGUCAACGACGAUUACCUCGUCCCGUCCAUGAGCGCUUUGCCCCUCCCGUCUCCUGUCACUACCGAGAUGGUGUUUUGCUCAGUUCGCAUUGAAAUAGGAGUUUGGAUGAUUGAGCAGAAAUGUCUUCUUGACUUUGCAACAUCGCAUGAACGAAGAGCCAAGUUUCUCAAAUCCAUUGACGAGCUUGAAAGUCAUAUCGAGGAAAAGUAUCUCCGAUCCAUCAACACAGAUAUUCCGUUGAACCUGUUGACAACGUACCUUGCUCGAUCUGCCGUCUGUCAGCUGAGACUAUCCGUCUACCACCCCAAUCAUCGGCCUAAAAGGACAUCUGAACUCGAUGAAGAGCAGAUGGAUAUGCUGCUAGAGAACAGUCUCGAGGUCAUUCGCUACGAUAUCUUGUCGCACUCUACUGGCUCUCUUCAACGCUUCCUGUGGCAUAUUGCCAACUUCUUCCCUUUCGAGACUUUUGUCCUCCUCAUUAGCGCCCUAUCUGGUCGUGCCGGUGGUCAGAUUGUCGACGUAGCCUGGCAUGUCAUCAACCAAGUUUACGAGCACCACCCUUGCUUCAUCACGGAUUCGAACGACUCAUUGUACUGGGCACUUGGGAACCUCACGUUGCGAGCCUGGCAGCAGAGGAUCGCAGCCUCGAGGAACGUCGGCAUGGAACUGCCUUCGGAGCCACCCUGCAUAGGGCAGCUUGCGCGCCAGCGGACGAACAUGUCACGUAACGCACAGCCGAAGCAACAAGCCCCGACUCUAAGUACCGCCAGUGACGGUCCUGCGACACCCCAGGAGAUGCCCCAAGUUCGGGACUGGCUGCAAGACACUGGCCAUGCCUCUAGCAUGGUGCAGCAGCCAGCAUCUUAUGGCCAGGACAUUGUGAUGCCAGGGAUAGAAGAGGAAAUGAGUGGGAUAACCAAGGGGGUCGACAUGGAUUGGAACUUUUGGCAAGAACUACUGGACGGAAACGCUCGGGAAAGCCAGGAAUGCUUCCCUUUCUCUUCUUUCAUGAAUAAAGUUUGAAUUGGAACUACUGCUACCUUUUGAUCACUCGACAAAUGAUAGAUACAUGGACAUCCUUCAUGCGCCGAUAUAGACAAAGCAGACAUCUUUGGUGUACCUAUUUAAAGUAGUCAAGGCGUCAAGGGUUCCACCUCCUAGGCAAGUUAAUAAGGACGUACUACCUUAAGCCAAGAUCAGAAAGACACCAGACGCCAGGCUGCUCAAUGCUACAUGCCGUAUAUGCGAUCGCUAGCUCUUCAUAGAGGACUCUAAUUUGCAUCUCAAAGAGAUACGGGC